AUGGAAGUUUAUGGAUAUUCAGCGUGCUUUUUAUUUUCUGUUAUAAUUUCAUUAGCUGCAGCAAUAUACGUAAUCACAGAAAUGCCCAUGUUAAAUUUAACCUUGAAUUGCAUGAUUGCUUCCCAAUAUAUUAUUAUUUUUAUUAUAUUAGUCCUUGAUUCUUUAGUUGUCACUUUUGAAAUUCUUCCUCCGAAGUUUUUGAUCAUGUUUUCACCAUUAGUUUCGAUUUUAAUUUAUGUAAUUAUUAAAUUUUUAUGUGAUCGAAGAAGAAUCUCAAUACAGCAGUUUAUCGACCAAUUUGAUAAUAACAGUACUGAUUACACGGUUUCUGCCAUUUCAACAACCUUGGAAUCCUUAAAAACAGAGAGACAAGUCAGAUUAUUAAUUUAUGAGGGUUUGCAAAGUGGCAAUCGAACAGUAUUAUCACCUGCUUUUGUCCAAUUCUGCUUAGAGAAGUUCCCUAAGAGCAAAUGGAUCGUUAGUUACGUUGCUUUUCUUUAUGCCAUCUCAUGGGGAACUUAUCCAAGGGUUUACAAGUUUUUAUUGCAUACAUUAAGCUUGGAUCAUUUCGGAUUACACAAUAUGCACGUUUUCCAAGCGAUUUAUUGUUUAAUGCAAACAGCAGAAAGUAUAUCUCCUGUAAUCGCUCGAGAAUUAGAUGAUUAUCGUUGCGAAGUUGCUCAGUUUGCAUCAAUACACAGAACGUUCUGGAGAUCUGUCUUGUAUUCGGAUUCCGAAUCUUUCCAUGACGCAUUUUUCCUAUUUCACUCAAAGAUCAAAGAACUAGAGCGAACACUUAAGAUCCUUGAGAUGAAAUAUCCAUAUUGCUCUAGUAUCGCUUCAGAAAAUGCCCUUUUCUUUGCUGAUAUGAAACAUAAUUUCCUCAGAUCCAGCCAAUACUAUACACGAGCCGUCCAACUACUAAAUAAUACAAGAACAUAUAUAGUUAAUGACCUAUUUGCUUCAUAUUCCAUGCUAUUUCCAAUUUGCCAACCCGCAUUUCAAGAAGAACAGGACAAUAACGACUCAAAUGUUGAUGAACUGAGAUUUAUAUCAAUAACAGAGUCCCAUGAACACGCUCUGAGGUACAUGACGUUAGUUUCUUCACAUGAUGAAUAUUUACAAGCUCUUACUCAUGCUUUUUCUGUUCCAACAGCACACCAGCCAGUUGAUAUCACGUUCGAUCAGAUCAGAACCAUCUUUCUUAAGUUGACAUUCAUUUUAACAAUAAUUUUCUUUGCAAUUGUCUGUUUAAUCAUUCUUGGCAUGACAAAUGAGAACGAGGUUGAUAGAGAGAUGUAUAAUAGCUCUGUAUCCAUAAUAAAUUCCAUGAUGAUGUUCCGAAAUGAAGUUCACUUGGCCAGACAAGACGUCAGAUUAGUUGCAAACAUUCUUACAGACCAAUACAACGAAACUGUUAAGAAUUCCAUCUAUUACAACAUAAGUUCUACAGAAUGGUUCAAUUUGGUCGACAGACUUUUCAAUUUAUCUCGUUCCCACGUCAGCAAGAUCGAAGCCAUGCUCCAUAGCCACAUAUAUUUGUUCAAUACGAGGAAAAUCAACAAUUCUAUUUUAUUUGAGUAUCCAGUCUUCAACAGAUCGAAAUAUGACUUUGUAUAUUUGUAUUCUGGUGUCCAUUACAUCAUGGAGUUCAUGCUUUCGAGUCGAGAAAAGGAUCCACAAAUAAAUAUUAAUAUGAUCAAUUCUUUAGACAACUAUUCUAUCAAUUUGAUAGAAUUAUGCGAAGAUAUGUUCAAUUCAUUAGUUGUUUCUCAUGACGAAUGGGUCAGAUUAACUGUCAAAAAGAACAUUUCGAAAUUUGUCAAAACCUUAGGAAUAAUUUUCAUAGCCGCGGUUUUCAUUAUAGGAAUACAUGUUUUCUCAAUGAUGACAAUGCAGGAAAACAUGUUUGCCGUGAUCAAAACCAUCCAGCCAUCAAUGCUGAAGUCAAUUUCCUCCAUUUACGAUAAAUUGAUCACUCACGAAAUGCAUCAAAAACAAGUUCCUCAUGAUGUCACUUUUGUUCGAUCAAUUUUAUCUGUCACUUUAGCAUUUAUUUUCCUUAUGGCCGCUCCUGUUUUCAUGAUCUCCUUGCAGGUGGAAUACGACAAAACAAUAACACCUGCAAACCAGACACUCAUGGACAUGGUUGAUCCAAACAACAUCACUCAAUUCGUGACUUUUUCUGUUGCAAUUUUGGAGUCAUAUUUCAGAUUGAAUGAUAAUGUCACUUUUAAUUCAAAUGAAAUUGCAUUUAUAUAUGACAUGGCCAUGAAUUCCACGAAAGGCCGUAUGUACUAUAUGUUCAAUUCGAGUUGUGAUAACUGUUACACGACAACAGAUUAUUACGACAAGUUUUCAAAGGCAACAAUGUGGACGGCAACAUAUUCUUCGAUAUUGUUAGCAUUGUUGUUUUUGGUAAUUUUCAUUGUCAACGGCUACAAAGUGAUAAAUAUCAGUCGCUCUGUAGAAGACAUAAUGAAAUUCGUGCCACAAGCUGCGAGAAAGUCUAAUCCUGUAUUAAACGGAAUCAUGGUUGGAGUGAGAACUCCUAUCAGAGAAGUAACAGAAUUCGUAGAUUGUAUAAGAACAGAACCAAGUGAUUUGGAGUUCUUCGCAAUCAUUUGUUUGGGUCAAGUUGAAAAUGUCAUUGAAAUAAAAGGUGACAUCACAAGAUUUUUCCCGUUCGUACCGAAUUUUCUUUCGGAAAUCAGAGAUUACAUUAUCAAUCACACAAAUGAAAACAGGGAUUCUGUCAUGGCUUUCUUUGACCAGAAAAAACCUUUAGAAACAAGAUCCGUUGCUAUUGACAAUGACAAAGAAAUUGCAUUGACAUUCUCAAGGAAAGGAGCAAUUCUUUUAGUCAAAGAUGAUACACACCACCAUGCAGAAAAUAAUAGACUGAGAAUGGUGGAACAGUUGCAAUCAACAGUCAAAGAAAUUAAGGAUAAAAAGAAAAAUUUCCAAAUUUUGAAUUCUAUCGUCGCUAUCGUUGAUGUUCCAAACAAAGAGUUGCAUAAAGAGAUAUGUGGCAAAUUGGAAAAAAUAGUCAAUGUCGCAGAUACAAGAUUUAGAAAGAUAGUUUCAAUUUGUGAACCAGAAAAAUCCAAAAUUUUGACUGAUCUUUUGAAGAAUAUUUACGAAAACCAUAAAAAUGAGAUAAAAAUAGUAAUCCAUUGCGGUGGAAACGUAUCAGUAUUGGCAUGCGCACCAGCUAUCGAGAAAUCAAGACUUUUUGGAGAUACUUACGACCAGGCCAAAUUAUUACUCCACAGGGCAAAUUAUGGAGACGUUAUAUUAUCUCCACAGUUCAAGCAGUUAAUGAAUCAAUGA